GGGCGCACCGCGGGGGCGCCCGAGCGGUGCCGAGGCGCUGAGGGCUGGCGGAGCAGGCGGGGCCGCCUCACGCAGUUGCGACCGCGCGCGACCAUGGGGGGCUUGAAGGACGAGCUGCUCAAGGCCAUCUGGCACGCCUUCACCGCGCUCGAUCUGGACCACAGCGGCAAGGUCUCCAAGUCCCAGCUCAAGGUCCUUUCCCAUAACCUGUGCACGGUGCUGAAGGUUCCUCACGACCCUGUGGCCCUUGAAGAGCACUUCAGGGAUGAUGACGAAGGGCCCGUCUCCAAUCAGGGCUACAUGCCAUAUUUAAACAAGUUCAUUCUGGAAAAGGUCCAAGACAACUUUGACAAGAUUGAAUUCAAUAGGAUGUGUUGGACCCUUUGUGUCAAAAAAAAUCUCACGAAGAGUCCUCUGCUCAUUGUAGAAGAAGAUGCAUUUAAAAUAUGGGUUAUUUUCAACUUUUUAUCUGAGGACAAGUACCCAUUAAUUAUUGUGCCGGAAGAGAUUGAAUACCUACUUAAGAAACUUACAGAAGUUAUGGGAGGAGGUUGGCAGAAAGAACAAUUUGAAGAUUAUAAAGUCAACUUUGAUGGUAGUAAAGAAGGCCUGUCCGCAUGGGAGCUCAUUGAGCUGAUUGGAAAUGGACAGUUUAGCAAGGGCAUGGACCGGCAGACAGUGUCCAUGGCAAUUAAUGAAGUCUUUAAUGAGCUUAUACUAGAUGUUUUAAAACAGGGUUACAUGAUGAAGAAAGGCCAUCGACGGAAAAACUGGACUGAACGCUGGUUUGUCCUAAAACCCAACCUGAUUUCGUACUAUGUGAGCGAGGAUCUGAACGAUAAGAAAGGGGACAUCGUCCUGGAUGAGAACUGCUGCGUGGAGUCCCUGCCUGACAAAGAUGGAAAGAAAUGCCUUUUUCUAAUAAAAUGUCUUGAUAAGACCUUUGAAAUUAGUGCUUCGGAUAAGAAGAAGAAACAAGAAUGGAUUCAGGCCAUUCAUUCUACCCUCCAUCUGUUGAAGCUGGGCAGUCCUCCACCGCACAAAGAAGCCCGCCAGCGGCGGAAAGAACUCCGGAGGAAGCUGCUGGCGGAGCAAGAGGAGCUGGAGCGGCAGAUGAAGGAGCUGCAGGCUGCCAAUGAAAACAAGCAGCAGGAGCUGGAGACCGUGAGGAAGAAACUGGAGGAAGCAGCAUCCCGUGCAGCUGAAGAGGAAAAGAAACGCCUACAGACUCAAGUGGAACUGCAGGCCAGGUUCAGCUCGGAGCUAGAGCGUGAGAAGCUGAUCAGACAGCAGAUGGAAGAGCAGGUUGCACAGAAGUCCUCUGAGCUGGAGCAGUACCUGCAGCGCGUGCGGGAACUGGAGGCCAUGUACCUGAAGCUGCAGGAAGCCCUGGAGGACGAGCGCCAGGCCCGGCAGGAUGAAGAGAUGGUGCGCAAGCUGCAGGCCAGGCUGCUGGAGGAAGAGUCUUCUAAGAGGGCGGAGCUGGAGAAGUGGCACCUGGUGCAGCAGCAGGCCAUCGCCAGCACGGAGGCGGAGAAGCAGGAGCUGGAGCACGAGCGCACUGAGAAGGAGCGGGCGCUGCAGGAGGCCAUGGCGCAGCUGGCGCAGCUCGAGCUUGAGCGGAAGCAGGCACUGGAGCAGUAUGAGGGAGUUAAGAAGAAGCUGGAGAUGGCAGCUAGCAUGACGAAGAGCUGGAAGGACAAAGUGGCCCAUCAUGAGGGAUUGAUUAGAUUGAUAGAACCAGGUUCCAAGAGCCCUCACCUCAUCACUAACUGGGGCCCCGCGGCCUUCACCCAGGCAGAGCUGGAGGAGAGAGAGAAGAACUGGAAAGGGAAGAAGACCACGGAGUGAGCCAGCCAGUCUGUCCCAUUGUCCACAGUGUAGAUGCGAGUGUGGCCAGAGCUUUCCGCUGAUGACCAAGGAACUGGCUUUGCUGCUUCGAACUCUGCUCCCCUCCGCCUCCCUGGGGCUGUGGCCCUGAGGAGGCCUUGUUUACCUGCCAACCAAGGGUUUCCCUGAGAAGAACGACGACAGUGUCGCCUGGCACUUCCUGUCCUCUUCCUAUGUAUGAUUCCUUGGGCUCUGAAGAUUCCCUGUAGCUCAGCUUCUCUCCAGAGUGAGGCCGAGUUGCUGCUGGGCCGGUCAGCAGCCCUGUGACCUGGGCCCUCCCAGCCGCUCCUUUCCUCCUCUGACGACAUGGCGGCCUGUCCGUGUCCCCAUCCCCUCCUGCACCCACUGUGUGGUGCGGAAGGCCUUUGGGUGGGCGUGCUGGGGGAAGUCCUGGAGUUCCUCUUUCCCCUUCGUCUGCUGGCCGUCUGCUCACGGCCGUCUGCAUAUUUCUUGCCCCAGCUGUCAUGCACUUGGCGUGUGGUCCUGGUUUCCGUCCCCUCCUCUCAAAGAAGACAUCCCAUGGCCCAAACUCAGCCUGACUCUCUCAGGUCUUCUCUUAGUGAGAAUGCGCUCCCGGGCUGUGCCACGUGGUGAGAGGACGGUGUUUAGUAGUAGGAAGAAGCCAGAUUGAAAUAAAAGUUGUUUGGAUAAUUUCUAAAGCAGCUUCUCUGCUCGAGGGCAGUGGGACACUGACGUGUGUGGAGGUUGUCACUGUACCCUAGGUGGAGGAGCCAGCACUCAACAGUGCGGCAGUGUUUCUGCUUUCCCUGGGGUGCCGGGGAAGAAAGACCCAGUAAAAACAAGCAUCCAGGGAAAUUGGAAUCAGGGUUUCUGUGCAUCUGGUUUGAAAGAAGUAUUGGGGUAGUUCUCAUGUAUCUUUGGAUUGAAGUAAUAUGAAAUGAAGCCUUCCAAUGCCAGUUACGCGUAUGCAGCAGUAACUUCAUGGACAGCAGUGAUGCUUAAAGUUGUACAGAAAUACGGGGUGAUUCCAGGGUUACACAAAAGGCAGAAUUCAGCAGACAGGCGCCAGUCCUGUCCGUAAGUCCUGACACAGGGUGGGAGCCUCGCAGGAAAGCGGUGAGCUACGCGUCUACACUGUCUGGUGUUAGAGAUUUUAGGGUAGGUAUUUAUUUACAUGGGAGGAAACUGGAAUGUAAUUCCAUAAAUCUUCAGCUUUAUGACUGGAAAUUAUUUGCCAGUGAAAUAGUCUUUAGAAAUGUGUCUUAAGGUUUUUACUUGUUAAAUGUUUGAUGUUCUCAUAGUUGCUGUUGUAAAGUUUAGAUUUUUAUCUGAAAUAUCUUUUAUCAUGUAUCUUUCAGAUUUAACAGUGAAUUUGGGGUGUUGGUUUCUGACCAGCCAUUUAUCAGUAUUAUUUUAUUCAGUAGCUGGCAGAUCUGUUAGACCAGCUGAGGAUGAAACUUCUUUGUCAAACCAGGGCACUUCUUGGUCCUUCGGAAGGAGGAGGAAAACAUGGGAAGAAGCCAGCAAUGUCUUGUGGAAGCAAGUUGGCGGGAGGUCAAGGGUAUGGAAGGCUUCCCUGUCCACAGGGUGCACCCUGCAGUGUGUCCCUUGGGACCCCCCUCCCCCUCCCCCUCCCCCCUCCCCCUCCUCCACUCCCCCCCCCCCUCGGCUGACAGCCUGGCCUCCCUGCCGCCUGCUUGACCGCCAUGCCUGUGGCCAUCAGAGCGGUCUGUUAAGUGCUUGGUAGCUCUGGUUUUACAGCCUGGCUUCAGUGACACCAUCUCCAGGGGGCAAAAUGUUUUCAAAAACAGAUGGAAAAGACAGCACAGAAAUGAUCUGUGGUGAGAUGACAUUUUGAUACUAACUGGAUUCCUCAAAAUAUUUAAAAUGGUGUCGUUGUCAGAGUACAGUACUUGUAGACCUCUGGUCCCUUUUGUACUUACUGUACAGCAAAUUUUAGGAGUGUCUGAAUGUUGUCACGAUCAGACCCCUUUUCCCAGUAACUCAAGAUAGGAUCGGAUCCCCAUAAUUCCGCCAGGAAUUAUGCUUGAAAAGUUCAAAAAUGUGUUUUUGUGAUUUGCUAGAUUGAGGGACCAAAAUAUAAUUUUCAAACAUUCUCAUCUAAACAUUGUAUAAUACGAUAUGCUUAACUUUAAGUUUUUGCUAAUUUUCUAAGACAUUAAAAUACUUUGUAUUUUUUUUUAAGUAAACUAGACCCAGUAAGAAAAUUAUAAACAUCAGAACAUCGUAUAUUUUAAACUGUUGGCUUAAUAAAACAGUGGGGUGAAACCUUGUGUGCGUGUGCUUUCCAUGUGGAACAGGCCAGGCUCUGGGUUACUUCCUGAGGGCGUGAGGUGCAGUGGGGACUCGGACCCCGGGAUGUGAUCUUGGCCUCUGGUCGGUCUGGCGUCUGAUUCAUUGCAGGGGAAGCUGCGACUGAUUGUCACUUCAACAAACAGGAACUUUCCAAGAAGAUUUCUCCUCAUUGCUGCUGCUACCUCCAAAUCCUCUUACCUGCGCUUUCCAGAGCCACGCGUUGGGCGGUGACGGCCACAGGCUGUUCCUGCAGCAAUGGACGCGCGAAUGGAUCACGGCAGUGAGCUCUGGGACGGGGUGAAUCUGGUUUAUCUAUCAAGCAGCCAGGCCGUGGCGUUGUUACAGCCCAACCGCAGAGCUGGGGUUUAAGGCAGAGCAGGCUGACCUGGCGUCAGUGGAGCCCGGCUGGAGGGGACAGAGAGCCAGCCUGAGCACAGGCCAGGAACUCUGGGUACUGUCUGGGGGUUUUGUUUUUGUUUUUAUUUGUUUUGAGACAGUGUGUUGGUUUUAAACUCAGGACCCUCCUGCCUCUUCCUCCCAGGUAUCAAGGUUGUGGUGCCCUCUCAAUAGGGCGGCAAGGAGUUCCUUCGGCUACUUUCCAAAGUCUCUCUGUGACCAGCUUGUGCGGCGUGGCAUGUAGGAGCCCGCUUGACAAAACCCCUGCCCCUGGGUGGGACCCUGCUGGUGGAUCUGGCCGCACCACUGCCAGCAGCGAGAAGAGAACGCAUGGAUCGCACGCAGGGCUGCUGUGCCCCGGGCGCCCUGCUUGUUCCAACCGGCAAAUGCUGAGUGCACUGCAGGGCAGGGCGGCGGGCACAGUCGCCCAAGUGGGGCAAGGGUCAGGGAGCAGAGCCUUCGGGUUGGGUGGCAGCGCGUUCCCCAGGUGUACUGAAAGCACCAGUCUUUCAGGGAAUAAAGGACAUCGUUUUAUUUUC